CCAAGUUGUCGCAAUCGAUAUAUAUCGAUGACCGCACACCCACCAGCCGCCAGAGCUGUCACUUCUAGCUAAUAUCGCUGUACUCGCGCAACCACGCAAGUUAAAUCCUGCUAGAAACUAGCCACCGCGCCACCACUGCCUGUGUAUAAACAGUUGGCAAGAAACGAAACCGAAAAACAGAAGUUUUUUUGGUUGAAAUGGCAGCGUAAAACCCAUUAAAACCAUUUCCAUUAUUACACAAACCACCGGGAAUAUACAUGUGUAUAUAGAAACGUAGCAGAUAACAAACGAAGAAGAGGAAAAGGCGUAAAAUAUCCGGAACAUAUGGACGUAGACUUCAAGAUAACAAGAAAGAAAAAAGAAGAAUUCCCAAGCGUGUUUCCAAUAACAUAUAAUGGUGGCUGCCAAAUACGAGCGUUUGAAUUCCAGUGGUGAAGUUGGUGCCCUUGGAAAUGCCAGCGAUGCUGAUGAGGAGGAAAUUGAGCUCGAUCUUGCCCAGAAAUCGCAGCUAAAUAAUGCAAAUCGCGUGCGGCCGAGCAACUUUACGUACAAUGGUGCAAAAUCUGGAUCGGGAAAUGGUCCGGAAAACAGGGAAGCCUCAACUAUGGCCCAAGAAAACAUGUUGAUGCAAAUGGCUGUGGGCACUCUGUUCUUCAUACUGUUGUAUCUAACGCUGUCCAUUUCGCUGACAUUCUACCAAACGGACAUCACUCGGCAGAUGCCAUUUCCCCUGGCCAUUGUGUCCUACCAUCUGGUUGUUAAAUUCCUGCUGGCCGCCCUGGCCAGAAAUAUCUAUAGGAUGUGGAUGGGCAGGUCAAGGGUUCAACUGGACUGGCGGGUGUCCCUCAGGAAAAUGGCACCCACGGGUGUGGCCAGUGCCAUCGAUAUCGGAUUCUCCAACUGGGGACUGGCUUUGGUGCCCAUUUCGCUAUACACCAUGACCAAGUCAUCGACCAUUGUGUUUAUCCUGCUCUUCGCCAUCGCUUUGGGACUGGAGAAAAAGAGCUGGUAUCUGGUGUCGAUUGUGGGACUGAUAGGCACUGGGCUGGUGAUGUUCACCUACAAGUCCACGCAGUUCAAUGCCCUGGGCUUUUUCUUCAUUCUGUUUGCCUCGCUGAGCAGCGGAUUGCGAUGGAGUUUCGCACAGUUCAUAAUGCAGAAGUCAAAGCUGGGAUUGCACAACCCCAUCGACAUGAUAUACUACAUGCAGCCGUGGAUGAUUGCCUCGCUGUUGCCUCUGGUUAUGGGAAUUGAAGGUCCCAAUCUUAUAGAAGUGUUGGCGGAUCUGCACAAUCAUACCUCAACUAAGAUAACCUGGGCCAUUUCGAGGAUUACAGCUGGCGCUUUGCUGGCCUUCCUCAUGGAAUUCACGGAGUUUUUGGUUCUCUGCAAGACAUCCAGCCUAACGCUCUCGAUUGCGGGGAUCUUCAAGGACAUCUGCCAGUUGGCCCUGGCUGUGACCCUCAAAAACGAUCACUUGAGUGUGAUCAAUUACAUUGGAUUGGUCAUAUGCCUGGCGGGCAUUGUCUGCCACCUGCUGCACAAGUACACCAGUAUGAAGGAGACGCAGCGGCUGCAAAAGGACCUGCAGUCCGACAACGAUGUGGAGGAGUCCACAUCGCCGGGCGAGUACAAAUUCAACGAGGGCGGCAGUGCCAUUGUGGGUGUCCAUGUGAAAUCGCACUCCACGCUGACGGUGCCAUUGCUGGAGCAAACCGAUUCCGAGGACGAUUCGGGUAAUGAUCCCAACAGCAACAAACAGAACGCCUCCGAUGUGAUCUUCGAUGUGCUGAAACGACGCGACAUGCAGCGAUGAAAGCCGAUCUCGCUGCUCAGAUGUCCCUGUAAAUGUUGUAUAAAUUCAAACGAACUCUAUGUUAACAAAGCCACUUUCCCCACGAGAAAACUACUUACGAAACUACUGGGAUAGCAAUGCAGGUUUAAGUAUUCAGUUAGUUUGAGAUUUUCCACGAUUUUCCCGUCACGCAUUCCCGCUUUGUGCAUUUGGCAUAUAUAUCAAAUUGAAAAGCGUGAGCUAUCCUGGUACAAAAAACAUUCCAAGGGACGAAAAGUUAUCUUUGGACAACGUUAAUAUACUGUCAUUUAUUUUAGUUCAUGGAAUUUCAAGUUAAAAUUACACGUUUUCCACUUUCUAUACAUAUAAAAUAUUUUAAUAAAUCUGUUGCAAUUU